CAAACACAGCCCAAAGGUUUGAGGGGUGAAAAUGAAAUUUGCCGAAAUGUUUGCCACACUGUUAUCCAAUUCCACCCCUCUAAAAGCCGAAACCUCCAUGGGACCAAAGUUCUAACUCCACACUCCACAGCCAAAACCAAAACAAGGAGUAAUGGCGGCGGAAAUUCCAACGAAGGCCGGCGGUAUGAUGGGGCAACCUCAGCAGAAUCCACUUGCCUUGGUGCAGUUCAAGCUGAAGGAGGUGGAGACUAAGUUUAGGGGCUGGCUGGCUAAGCAAUCGUUGCCGGUGGAGGCGGCCGUCGUCACCACCACCAGCGCUGCCCAGGGAGCCGCUAUUGGCGCUUUCAUGGGGACUCUCACUGGCGACGCGUCCUCGUUGAUCACGCCGCCGCCGAACGCGGCCAACUUUAACCCGGACGCUAUGGCUUCGCUCAAGCAAGCUCAGGCUCUUGCUGGAGGUCCGUUGAUACAAGCACGCAACUUCGCUGUUAUGACAGGUGUCAAUGCCGGUAUUUCAUGUGUCAUGAAAAGAUUGAGAGGCAAGGAAGAUGUUCAGUCUAGCAUGGUUGCAGCUUUCGGUUCUGGGGCCUUGUUUUCGUUGGUAAGUGGUAUGGGCGGCCCAAAUCAAGCAACAAAUGCUCUUACCUCUGGCCUUUUCUUUGCACUUGUUCAAGGUGGAAUUUUCCAGUUGGGACAGAAGUUCUCACAACCACCAGUUGAGGAUAUGUAUUAUGCCAAGGGACGAUCAUUAUUAAGCAAUCUCGGCCUACAGAAUUACGAGAAGAAUUUUAAGAAAGGCUUGUUGACAGACACCACUUUACCUUUGCUAACCGAUAGUGCUCUCAGAGACGUGAAUAUACCACCUGGACCAAGAUUGCUCAUUCUCGAUCAUAUAGAGAGGGACCCAGAGUUGAAAGAGAAGCGGAAAAGCUCUCGUUGAAAUCAUCCGUUGAUCAGUUGCUAGGAAACAGGUCCUCCUGCGUAUAACGCAAUUGGAAAUUUUCUUUUAUUGCUAUGUUUUAUGAUAGAAUGCUGUGUUAUUAUACUUGCACUCAAGAUUCAUCGAGGAAUAUGAUUUUUCCUUAUGUCAUUCAUGGUAUAUUCGAUUAAAAUUUCUGCAAUUA